GGGCGCAUGCGCGUGCGCGGUGCGGCCCCAGCCCUGGCCGCCGCCGCCUGCCGCCGCCGUCGCGAUGCCUAUUUUAGUCAAAGCGGCUGCGGGCUUGGGGACCCGGCCCGGGCAGCGGAGCUUCCGGACCCGCCGACCCGCCGAGAAGCGCGCGUCGGGCUCCCGUCGAGCAGCUGAGUCCGUGUGCCCCGCGUCCCGCGCCCCGAAGCUGCCGCUCCGAACUUUGGUCAGCGCUGCCCAGGCUCCCCGCCAGGGACCAGCCGGGUAAGGAUGGGAGGCGCAGCUGCAGCCGGCUUUCCCCCCGCGCCGGGUUGUGUGCGGCCUCGCGCUCCCCUGGCUAAAUCGGGAAGCGAAAGUUGGAUCUCAGCCCCUCGGGGAGCAACUUUGUCGGCCCUGGCGGCAGCUGCUUGUUCUACGCGCCCGGGCAGCCGGGGGCGCCGCCCUCUGUCCCUCCUCGCUGGCCGCGCCCUCGAGGGGCUCCCGGCCCUUGGAGGCCGCCCUUCUCCCCGGGUCUGGGCGCUGCGGCCACAGAGACCCUCAACGGUCAGCGGCCGCCGCUCAGGUCAGGCAGCCCCAGCGUCCCCGGGCCCUCGGCCCCACCGAGUGCCGGCUCCCGCGCUCUGCGGCGGCAAGCCCCUUGGAAUUUUCAAAAUGAAUUAUACAGAGUCCAGCCCAUUGAGAGAAUCAACUGCCAUAGGUUUUACACCUGCGUUAGAAAGUAUCAUACCUGUGCCUUCCAAUAAGACCACUUGUGAAAACUGGAGAGAGAUACAUCAUCUGGUUUUUCAUGUAGCAAAUAUUUGUUUUGCAGUUGGGUUGGUUAUUCCAACUACUCUUCACCUUCAUAUGAUAUUUCUUAGGGGAAUGUUAACUCUAGGAUGUACCCUUUAUAUCGUCUGGGCCACUCUCUACCGAUGUGCCUUGGAUAUAAUGAUCUGGAACUCUGUGUUCUUGGGUGUCAACAUUUUGCAUCUGUCAUAUCUUUUAUACAAGAAGAGACCGGUAAAGAUUGAAAAGGAACUCAGUGGCAUCUACCGGCGAUUGUUUGAACCACUCCGUGUGCCUCCAGAUUUGUUCAGAAGACUAACUGGACAGUUUUGCAUGAUCCAAACCUUGAAAAAGGGCCAAACUUAUGCUGCAGAGGAUAAAACCUCAGUUGAUGACCGUCUGAGUAUUCUCUUGAGGGGAAAAAUGAAGGUCUCCUAUCGAGGACAUUUUCUGCAUAACAUUUACCCCUGUGCCUUUAUAGAUUCUCCUGAAUUUAGAUCAACUCAGAUGCACAAAGGUGAAAAAUUCCAGGUCACCAUUAUUGCAGAUGAUAACUGCAGAUUUUUAUGCUGGUCAAGAGAAAGAUUAACAUACUUUCUGGAAUCAGAACCUUUCUUGUAUGAAAUCUUUAGGUAUCUUAUUGGAAAAGACAUCACAAAUAAGCUCUACUCAUUGAAUGAUCCCACCUUAAAUGAUAAAAAAGCCAAAAAGCUGGAACAUCAGCUCAGCCUCUGCACACAGAUCUCCAUGUUGGAAAUGAGGAACAGUAUAGCCAGCUCCAGUGACAGUGACGACGGCUUGCACCAGUUUCUUCGGGGUACCUCCAGCAUGUCCUCUCUUCAUGUGUCAUCCCCACACCAGCGAGCCUCUGCCAAGAUGAAACCGAUAGAAGAAGGAGCAGAAGAUGAUGAUGACGUCUUUGAACCGGCAUCUCCAAAUACAUUGAAAGUCCAUCAGCUGCCUUGAUCAGAGAGAGAAUUCAGGUUACCAAGACGGAAGGUGUCUUGAAGAGAUCCUGAAAAAUACCAGCACUUUUUCAUGGCUUUUAGGUUAUUCUGCUUUAGUGCAUCCAGACUGGUAGAGUCGGAGGGAGGAAGUGAGGAAGGGUCAAGGAUGGAAGAGUUCUUUCACUUACCCUUUUUAUUAGUCAGCUUUUAAAGUAAUUGUUUUACUGAGCCUUCUGACUAUGCCUUGUUCUCUUUUGAGAUAUAUAUUUUCACAGUCUUUUCUAGAUAUAUUAUUGUUUUAACUUAACAAAUCUUAGCAAUCUCUC